GCGUCCCGAUUGUAAAAAUAGAAACAGGGAACAGCAGUCGUGUGCCGGCUUUCUCGUUUAGUGUUUAACGAUUCCCCACAUGUGUUAACCUAAAUAGUAAAAUGUCUCAAGAAAACGAAGGAUUCUUUAAGAAGUUCCAUGAGACGCUGAACAGUGAAUUAGAUGACGUCACAAGGAAUAACUUUGCCAAUUUAGAAUCGAAUUCGAAACGUGUAUCUUACUUCUGCAGUCUUCCUGCGAUUAAAAAUUAUAAUAUAAUCGAAGAUGUAAAGAAAUGUCAAACAGGUGGCGAAUUUCCUGUGAAAAAAGAUUUGGAUAAAGCGAGACAAAUAAAGGAAGAAGGAAACAAAGCCGUUCAAAAAGGCGAAUGGGGUAAAGCUUUACAACUAUAUAGUCAGAGUAUGACAUUCAUGCCUGAUAAAGAGACCGAAGAAUUAUCCAUAUUAUACGCGAAUCGAUCAGCAGCCCUAAAUCAUCUCCAGCAAUACGAAGACGUUUUAGAAGACAUUAGAAAAUGUAUAUCUCUCGGUUAUCCACGCCAUUUGAGAUACAAAGUUUUCGAAAGAAGAGCUCGUACUUUGCUAGUCUUGAAACGGAAUCAAGAAGCAAUAAGUGCUUUUCAAGAUACCAUCACUGCAUUAGACGAAGCAAACAAAUUCGACAAAGAGAAAAGGCAAAAAAUGCGAACUGACUCUAAACUUAUGUUGGAAAUAUUAAACAAGGGUCUGACUUUAGCAGGUAAUCCAAAAGACCCCGAACCAUUAAAGAGGAAACCCCCAAAGCCAAAAUUACCAGGAAAAAACAACCGUGAAUAUCCUGCGGCUUCAGAUGCUAUACAGAUAGAUCACGAGGAAUCAAGAGGCAGAUUUGCAACAGCUACGAGAGAUAUUAAGGUUGGAGAAAUGUUGUUAGUUGAAAAACCACACAGUGGAGUCCUGCUAGCGGAAUACUCGAAGACGCAUUGUCAACAUUGUUUUGUCAAAUGUCCUAUCCUGGUGCCGUGUCCCAAGUGCCCUAACGUAAUCUUCUGCAGCGAAAAAUGCCUCGAAGCGGCUCAAAAGUCUUAUCACGCUUACGAAUGUCACAUUCUCCCUUUGUUGUGGAAAUCCGGAUGUUCUGUUACGUGUUUUAUAGCAUUGAGGAUGAUCACGCAAAACAAAAAGGAAUAUUUUACAAAAAUCGUCAGUGAGUUAGACAGUAAACCAUCAGGGGUUUAUAAAACAGAUGAUUACAAGAACAUAUAUAAUCUGGUUUCACAUGAAGAUAAGAGGACGAAGCAAGACUUCUUACAUAGGACUCAGAUGGCUGCUUUCUUAGUAAAACUAUUAGAAGUCAGUGGAUACUUUGAAGGGAAACCAAGGAGUAAGCCAGUGGAUUUUGAUGAAAUUAAGUCAAUGGCAGUGGAUGAUAAACAUAAAGAUGAUUUAGCAUUAUUUGGUGGCCUUAUACUGAAGAAUUUGCAAGUCCUUCAGUUUAAUGCGCACGAAGUAUUUGAGCUCCAGUGCCCAAGACCCAAACCUGGUAAAAAUAUCAUUAAACAUACUGGGAAAUCCGUUUUCUUGGCCGGUGCUGUUUUCCCAACGCUAGCUCUUUUUAACCACUCCUGUGAACCAAGCGUAGUAAGAUACUUCUGCGGACCAUACAUUAUAAUACGUGCGGUCAAAAACAUAAAUAAAGGUGAAGAAGUGUCUGAGAACUAUGGGCCAAUAUUCACAACAGUUCCUAAAGAAAAGAGGCGAGCGGAACUCAAAGAGCAAUACUGGUUCGACUGCAAUUGCAUCCCAUGCAAGGAUAAUUGGCCUACAUACCAGGAGAUGACCGAAAACUACAUGCGAUUUAAGUGUGAUUCAGAUCAUCCUUGCCCCAACGUGGUGGCAGUCCCGUACGAUGCUCAGGACUUCAUGAUACAAUGCGGCCUUUGCCAGCAAUACACCAACAUUUUGAAGGGGUUGAAAUCUUUGCAAGACACAGAAAUGUUAUACCGUCUUGGCCGCGCAGCAAUGGAUGAUGGCAAAUACGGAGAAGCAAUGAAGAAAUUUUUGGAAGUCCUGAAGCUGUAUGAUGAUACCUUGAAGCCACCAUACCGCUCUUACUAUGACUGUGUUCAAGACUUAAGGCAGUGCAUGUUGGCUAUGGGGAACUACAGUAUUGCUUAGCUACUUUAGUCCACAAUUUGUUGACUGUAGCAUGAACUACUAUUGAGUUUGAAGUUUUUUUUUAUAUAUUUACACAGCAAAGUGUCUCUACUACACCUGAUGGUAAAUGGAGUGGGGUCCAAUAGAAUCUUGACUAACAAGAGACUAUUACCCCUCUGCAAUCGACACAAUUAUGCCGGCCUGUUGGAACCAGAUGUACACAGACUGAUCACAAAAUGUGACACACUUAUGUGGGCCACUAUGGUGGAUAUUAACACCUUGUGUAUGAUUGCUAUGCAAGCUGAUAUAAAAUAUAUCCUGCCCUGGGGGCAGGAUAUAUUUUAAUGCAACAUAUGCAUUUGUACAUGUGCAU